AAGGACAAUGCUUUCGUCUCGGUAUACAACGACGGUGACAUCACCGAGUUUCUUUUCAAAGAGUCAGCUUUCGCAGCCGGGUUCCUACCGCUCGAGGCCGAGGAUGCAAAGCCAACUCCCAUCACCAUCCCAAAGCGCCGACUCGCCGCCCAUUUCAACACUGGCACAACACCACCUCCAAGAACUUGCGAGCCCCAAAAGGCCACAAAUCCGGAGAAGCCAGUCCAGACUCCAGUCAAGACCUGCAUGAGAGCCGCACCUGAACCCAAGACACCAGCCAAAGUUGUGGAGCGACGGCCCAGCUUCAUUGAGUACCCGACUCCCAGUGAACACAAGGGACACUCUCAAGGACAACACAGACGACAUUCGUCUGAAAACCAUCCUACGAUGAGCUGGUGGCCGGAGAAUGAAAUGAUAGCCCAGCACGUCUGGGUUGAGAAAGACCAACCCUCUGCCGAUGAGGAAGAGGACAUGCUAGAAGAUUGCCUGUGGACGGAUGCGUUCUACGAUUGA